CUGCUUGGAAAUGGAGGGGGCGUGCGUGCGAGCAAGGGGAUGAAUGAUGUCAGGGAGGCCCGCGGCUCCCGCGGAGCGCAGGGCAGGCGGCGAGCACGAGCCGCGCCGUAAACACGGCAGCAGCGGUCCCGGCAGCCCGCGGCGAGCGCUGUCCCCGGGGCCCCGCCGCGGAGCCGCCCUCGAGCGGCGGCGCUGCUGCUGCUGCGGCGGCGCUGCGCGCCGGCAACCUCGCCGAGAAGUGUCGCCUGCGCUGACGCCCUUACAGCUGCUCCUUUUUGCCAGGAGGGAGGCUGCGAGAGGAGAGACGUGCAGGGCAAGGCAGCUGUGGCAAACUUUCUAGCUGCUUCUGCGUGCUGCUACCUCAGCGGUGGGAGUGUCCGUCCCUGGCCACAAGGAACGGCAAAGUCCAAAUGUUGGAGCCCUGAGGCUCCGAAAAGCCUUACGAGCCGCCUGCCGAGGAGGAGCUGCCCGCAGUGCCAGCGCCUGCGUAUGCCGCUGAGCGGACUGCCUGAUCUGUAUGGACUCACUGUGCUAACCUCUGCAGCAAUCCUAUGGUUAAGGAGAUGAUACAGCUCUAGGGGGAAGAAAGACUUGUCUCCAGGGUUUGCUUUACAGUAUCUGAAUAGCGAAAGCACAAUGAAUACUCUUUAAGGAUUUUACCAGAAAUCAAAAAUCAUCUAGAAACAAGUACAUUGGACUUCAAGGAGUAAGAGAAUUUAAAGAGAGCCUGGGUAUUGCUAAGUAGUAAACCUGGUUUGGCCAAACAGCUUAGGAAUGAAUACCAUUGAGACAGCAAAGCUUGAAGAGCAUAUGGAGGGUCAAAACAAUGACACUUCUAAUGGCUAUGCACGACCUACUCUCUCUGUUAGUGAAGAGAACAAAAAUGGCAACAGCAAACCAAAGGGUUUGUCCAAUGGCUUGCGAAAAAGCACAAAGAAGUAUCCUGACUACAUUCAGAUUGCUAUGCCUGCUGAAACUCGGAACAAAUUUCCUCUGGAAUGGUGGAAGACAGGCAUUGCCUUUGUCUAUGCUCUCUUCAAUUUGAUUCUAACAACUGUCAUGAUCACUGUGGUCCAUGAGAGAGUACCUCCAAAGGAGCUUAGCCCUCCCUUGCCUGACAAAUUUUUUGAUUAUAUUGAUCGUGUGAAUUGGGCUUUUUCUGUAUCAGAAAUAAAUGGAAUGAUACUAGUUGGAUUAUGGAUAUUCCAGUGGCUGUUUCUUAGAUAUAAAUCAAUAGUGGGACGCAGGUUCUUUUUUAUAAUAGGAACUUUGUACCUGUACCGCUGUAUUACUAUGUAUGUUACCACCUUGCCUGUGCCUGGAAUGCAUUUUCAGUGUGCACCGAAGUUGAAUGGAGAUUCUCAGGCAAAGGUGCAGAGGAUCUUGCGACUGAUUUCUGGUGGUGGUCUAUCCAUAACUGGAUCACACAUACUAUGUGGAGACUUUCUAUUUAGUGGUCACACUGUGAUACUAACGCUCAUCUACCUAUUCAUCAAAGAGUAUUCACCACGUCAUUUCUGGUGGUAUCACUUAAUCUGCUGGCUGAUGAGUGCUGCUGGCAUAAUUUGCAUCCUUGUUGCUCAUGAACACUACACUGUAGAUGUCAUCAUUGCUUACUAUAUCACCACACGGCUCUUUUGGUGGUACCACUCAAUGGCUAAUGAAAAGACUUUAAAGGUCUCUUCGCAGACAAAUUUUCUCUCUCGAGCAUGGUGGUAUCCAAUAUUUUAUUUCUUUGAGAAGAAUGUGCAAGGCUCUGUUCCUUGCAGCUUCUCCUGGCCAAUAUCUUGGCCUCCCAGCUGCUUCAAAUCUUCAUGCAAAAAGUAUUCACGGGUUCAGAAGACAGGAGAGGACAAUGAAAAAUCUACCUGAAGAAAAGAAGGAAAGCAUCUGCUCUGUUUUUUACCAAAACACUAAUGCUAUAACCAAAGUUCUCAAGAGGACUACACUGUAACUGAAGAAGUGGACCAAACUUCUGUGCAAUUGAUUGGAGAGACAAUUGUAGACAAAUAUAUUGCCAUUUCAUAUGUUUUCCUAUCCAUCACACUGUACAGGCCUAUUCUACUCUUCAGUGCUAAUAGAUUGCGCCACUGAUGGAAUUUUUCCUUAAAGAAAAAAAUGGAGCAGGACUUUGCUUUACAAAUGAGAUAGAGGUGCCAAAGAACACAACGCUUUCAUUACUAACUGUCACUCAUCCACAAAAGCACCCAAAAAUCUCAUCUUCAGGGUUCUGAAGUGUAGGGGCAAAAACAUGUUAAAAUGUUAAAAAAGGCACAAUAUCUGUGUAUUGAGAUAAACAGAAAAUAACACAAUGUUGGGAAAUGUUUUGUUGCAUUAUUCUUGCUAAUGAAGGUAAGACCUUGCAUGACUGGUACAGCUGGAAGCGAGUCUUGACUUUUUUUACACUUUAUGGGAAUGAAUAUCCUAGGACCCUAAAAUACUGCUACUACCACCAUUUCCCAUGUAUUCUAUUAUAUACCAAUUUUUACCUUUUUAUGAAUAAUUUUAUAUUUAAACUGUUGUGCUACCUGGUGACUUUGCAAAUUAGGAAUAGCUGCUAACAUGAGAGCUCAAGGAGCUUAAAAUUUUAUUUUUAAAAAGGAUACUGUUUCAAAGUUUAAAUCUUUAAUUGCAGUUUGGGCUUGUGUAUAGCUAUACAGUGCCUAUUGGUGUAUGUAUAUGUAUGUACACAAACGCAUACACUGCUGUGUAGUUAAACACAUUAAACAAAACUACUUAACUGAAAAGAGUGUUCAGACUGUUCUUAAUUCAGGCAAAAGUCCUAUAGAUUUCACCUGCUUGAGGAAUGGAAGGCCAAGUCCUAAAUGUGGGGUGUGUUGUUUUUUGGUUUUUUUUAACUUUAGUAACUAUCUCUUGCUGAAACUGUUUAAAGUGUGCUUGGGAUCCAUAGUUCUGCAUUUUUAACCUCUUGGCACACAUUUCUGAUUUACUAAAGACAAAGUGACAAGUGAAUGCAUACAACAGUAGCAUUUCUUUAAUUAUUACCUGAAACCACUUCAUGUUAAAUGACACUGCGGUUUAACUUGCAUGCAAAAAUGCAGAUUAACAGCUGCCUAGUUCUUGUUGGGUUUUAUAUUGUUUUGUAUUAUUGAGAAGUGAAGUAGAAAACUAGCAUACCAUGUUUAAUUGCUUGUUCAUGUUCUGUAUUCAUUUCUGCAGUUACUCAAUUAUUUUAUUUCCAAAUCUUCAGUAAAACCUGAUAGCAGAGGAAAAAUUGCAUAAAGAGUUGAAGUGAUAUUAAUAUAAAGGAAAUGCUGCUUAUUUUAAAAAUGUCUUGAACUGAGUGGCAAGUGUGAACAUAGUUUAAAUAAUGACAGCUUGUUUUUAAAAAGCAUCCAGUUAAAGUAAUAAAAUGCAAUAUAGUAUUCAAGUAUAAUUUUUUUCAGUUAAGGGAAUCAAUUACUAAGUUGUAUAUGAGAAUAAUAUUAAUGUGCAUUUCAAACAUUUUUGUGCGUUAUCAAGUAUAAUACAAUAAACAAUGUUCCUUACAAAAUAUCCUUGGUAAAACUUAGAAAAGAAAGUAGUUCUGCUGAUGUUCGGUUUUAUUCAAAGUGAGCUUCUCUUGGUUUUUUGUUUAUUUUUUGUUUUCUAACAUGCCCCUGGAAGUUGUGGGUGUGUAGAUGAGAACAUGAGUACAUUUGAUUGUUCCUGGCAGAACUUGAGCAGCUUAAAAAGCCAAUCUCAGAACAUUUAUAUGAAAGUAGUUUUUCUGUAUCUUGUAAAUGAAUCAGUACAAUGUCAGUCUGUAGACCUCCCAAGACACUUGUUAUAUCAAUACAACUUCAUAGAGCUUAUUAUUUUUAAAGUUGAAUUUCAGGCCUUGUCUUAAACAUGGUCAUGUUAAGCCAUUCCUAGUAAUACUGUCUUGUAAAAGUCGUGGAUGAAUUUCAUUAGUGGUAAGCAUGCCUUGAAUUAACAUGAUGGAAGAGCAUUCCAGUAAGGGUCUGAAACAGUUGUUUUCAUCUGGUGGCUAAACAACAAAUACUUUGAUAGCCUGGGUACUUAAUUAGCUAAAUAACCAUUGCUGUGUCUCAGUGGGAUUUUUUUAAUCUAUCGGUAAAGUAUAGUUUCCUCGUUCAAGAUUUUUUAACACUUUUGAAAUUCCUACUCCUGGAAGAAAAAAAUAUGAAAAUAAUUAAGUGGGACCAAGUGAAUAUUUUGCUCCUAUUGGAUGGUGUGAGCUUUCAUUUUAGUGCUGAACUUGGUAGAAACUUCUAUGGUAGUAGUUUAAUUUCAGCCUGGCUCAAACUACUUAAUUCUUGUUCUGGCUCAGCCCUGCUUUGAGUGCUUAAACUUUCUCUGUUCUAUCAAAGCCCUCGAAAAGGGCGUGUGGAUAUAUUUGUGUGUAUAUGUGACCAAAAAGAAAAUCAUACUUCUCUACUAACUCAACAGCUUUAGUUUGCUCUUGUUGUCUUAAAGUCUUCAAACUCAUCUAUACUAUUUUUAAGCCUACAUGUAAGGUGAUGAAAUGGGGUAAGUAAUGCCAUUUUGUGGUGCUGACUUCUAUAGUAGUCUAUCAGAUACAAACCACAGCUGGCACAUGAAAAUUAUUAAUUUUAAGAACAUACCGAUUGUUGUAUUGAAAUAUUACGAAGCUGAAAACAUGGUUUCAUCCUAAGGAGGUAUAAAAGGAUUGCAGUGGAUAAAAUGAAAAACAGGAGAAAAUAGGAAUCAUUUAAUGUACCAGUCAGUUCUGACUGUAGGCUCUUAUUUGAGCUGUAGAUGCCCAUUGAAUUACAGUAUAAUUAUUUUUCCUAGAGUUACAAUAGUAGUCCUUAAUGACAAAUGUCACAAAAACUGCACCUGUACUGUGAUUGUAAAUAAAAUGCUCAUUCUUCUGAAGAGCAUUUAUGUUGAGCUUUUCAGUCAGCUGUUUCCCUCCAACACUCACUCACUUUAAUGCCUCACUUGAAUUUAAGAAACUUUGCCUUUAAUUGCAAAAAAGGGUUUAAAAGGUUAACUUGCACAUUUAAAGAAAUGUGCUGCUACAUUAUACUACAGAUGCUUAAUAACCAAUGCCAGAAAUAACAUACCCUUUAAACUGCUGUGAACUUUAAUUUCUAUGGUAUGUGCUUAGCACUCCCAUGUGGAUGUAAAUGGUAUUAAAUGUUAAUCGUUCACCAUUUGUAUUUUCUUGGAAAGAUGGCUACAGUUACAGUAGCAAAAAGAGCAGUACUAUAAACAUUACUGGAUUUGUUUCCCACUGAUAAAAAGGGUGGGGGGAGAAGGAAAAAACAACAUUUAUUAGUCUUUAUAUGUGAAGAUGAUACUACUUUCAUAUAAAUGAGAAAUAAAGCUCAGUAAAAGACAGAACUGGGAUGUAUUUUAAGAGAUGAGAGAAUUUUCUUGAUUAGAUUAUUGUAAAUCUUAGCUGUAUCUUAAAUCCAAAUGUGUUCAAGCUCUGAAUUUCUCCCAUCAUUAGUAUCUGGCUGAGCAGUUUAUUCUGCCUGUAUAAAUUAUUUGGUGCACAUGCAAAUCCUUUUCCUCAUUUCAGUGGACAAAGAAGUAUGGUCUGCAAUUCUAGAGACCAAAUCCUUUAAUUGCAGUGCAAGGUGAAAUCUUCUCAUUUCUUUAAAAGGAACUUUCCCACGGCUUGUUUUAAUAACUUUGACCUUGAUUCUAGCUCAUCUUAGAGAUUGUGUAGUUUUUUAAUUCAUGAAAUAAUCAGAUGUACUAAGCAAAUACUUAGAAUUUGAUUGCUUUACUGUCUGAUUUAAUAAUGGAACUUUACAGUUGUCUUCUCGAUAUUUCACAACAUAUAAAAUAUUUUGACUUACCUAGAAGUCUCCUAUGAACACAAUCAGAAUGACACUGUAAGAGCACUUCUAUAUAGAAGUGUUGUAUCAGGCACUAUAAAAUCAGUGAGGAUUCAAAAUCAGUUACUGAAAAAGGUCUUAAAUACUUUUGGACACUAUUCAAUUGAAUGUUGCUACUUAAGUGCACGUAAUGUCCCCAUAUGCCAUUAAAGUCAUUUCGUUUGUAAGUUAACCUUUAUAUACUACUUAUGAUGCUUUCUAGCAUCCAAAAAAUUCUGCCAAGACACUGUGAGUGAAGGCCAAAGGCCUUUGUUUUAGAACUUAAAAGAAAGAUGAUGAAAACACUAGAAUAGAUGGUGAUUGUGUGUUGGUUUUUACAAGAAAAUGAGCUAUAACUACACUAACUUCCAGGUAACGUAGAACUAAAUUGUUUCUGUGUACUAGCUAGUGGUGCAAGAAUAUGACUGGAAGGUAACAGGCUGCAUGAAGUGCUUCAUUCUACAGUACAGCUGUGCAUCUGUGUACUGUGGAAUGUAUUGAUUUUCAUGAAUAACCUCCCAUAUAAGAAAAAUUCAGAUUAAGAGAUGCUUGCAGAUUUUUAACUAUUUAAGUGUGAUUAGUAAACUUUCAUAUGCCUUUCCUCCAAGCUGCCACUAACAGUUUCUGAUACAAGAAUGAACUGUUGUGAUGCUUAAAUAUGAUUAAAAACUUGUUCCAGCUGGCUGAGGUUUCCAUAGAUUUUACAACUUGUUCAAAUAUUACUAACCUGGAACACAAUGCAUAAGAAUUUCAGGGUAGAUAUAGAUAACUCACAAAAUACUGGAAAAAAGUUCAUACUUCAGAAGAUAAUCUUUCCUAACAAAUCCCUUAAAGUGCCUGAAUGAUAAUUUAAGAUGAAAUGAUAUCUGAUCAGUUGCUAGUGUGGGUUCCCCUCCUGCGGUGGUGUUCUUUUUUUAAAAAAAACCACUAGUUAUCACAGGAAGGCUUGAUUUGUUUUCAGUGAAAAUUUAAUUUCCUAAGCACUUGAAACUUAACAAGUAGUAUGAGGAGCUUAUUUUUUGUGGCUGUGUGCUAUGAGCUAAUGUUUACUUCAAAGCUCCAACCCACACAGGAGAGGGUAAGAUAGCUGUUUCUGGAAGAACUAGUUUGUGACUUUCUAAAGUCAAAUGACUGUUCAGCUGCAUGCUACAGGCAGCCUUAUCUGUACUGUAGUGAACAAAGAUGCUAUAUUACACUAUUAUAUUUGGUGGCCACCCUUUUUCAAAUGAUAAAACUGGCUGGUCCUUCCCUUUCUCUAGAUGAGGAGUGAAUGCUUGUCCUUUACUUGCUGUUGGUCACAACUGUUUUUACUCUUGGUAAAUGUCAAUGGGAAAAUGUAGAUCCAUUUUAUCUGUAGUGCUUAAGGUGAAAGGAUUUUUAAGUCCUUAUGGAUGGGUUUCUUCUAGCAGAAAUAUCUAUUUUAACUAUGCAUAUGCUGUUAAUUUCAGAUUUUGUAUUUGCAUUCUGCAUGAUAUCUUUAGGCAGCUAGCAUUUAUAAAACUUUUAAAGACUUUUAGGAGAAACUUUUGUGCCAAUUGAGUUUAAUUUUUUACAAAAUACUACUACUUUGAAAUAUGUUUGAGAGGUUUGGGGGAUUUUUUUUGUUUGUUGUUAAAGAAAGGCCAAAAAAAAUCAAAAUUGUCAAACUAGCUCAAAUAGAGGCAUCUUGAGGCUCCUCCACUUUAUGGAAGGAUAAAGUAGGUGGUAUCUACAUAGCAGGCUGUGCUAUCUUUCCUUAUGCUCUUGGGAGCUGUUCAGAUUGAGGAGCCAGGGUCAAAGAUGGCAAUAGAAAGUGUAUGGAAGAUCACUUCAGUUCUAAUAGCUUUCUAUUUGUGAAAGGCAGGCAAUGGUAAAAAAACAAAUCAUCCAAGAGCUGUGUCCCAAUUUAACAGAGUAUAGUAAACUGGUACUACACUUCAAACAUGCAAUUAGCACUUAAAAUUGGUGGGUUCGUUUGCCUGACACCCCCCCCCCCCACACACACACACACACACUUUUUUUUAUUAGAGGUGGCAGGAGUACUGAGAAUAAGCAGGAAGAGGGAUUUGCCUUUGUAUUUGUGGUAACUCUACUAGUUGAAAUAUGUGUAUGGACCUUCAAGGAUAUUGCUAAGCUUACUUCAGCUCUUCUUUUGGGUAACUUGUCAUCUGUAUCUUGUUACUUCUGUAAAUGCUGGUUUUGCAUUCCAUUUUUUUUAUAGUUGUAGCUACUCAAAAUGCUGCCUGUCUAUUUUAACUUGGGCUGGUUUGGACUCCUCUCUUUCAUCUGCUUCCAUUAACUGCCUCCUAAACAGCUUGAUGCAGAAGAGCAUAUGACCUAAUGUUAAUUUUGGUGUCUUCUCAAGGCAAAAGGUGUUCUAGUUGGACACAUCUUUAUGCAACUCAAAACCUGAAACUAUUUUCAAGUACAAAAAUCUCUAGCAUUUGGGAUAUACUUUGUAUGUCAGGAAUCAGUUGCUCUGAGAAAUUCUUGCUCUGUAAAUGUUAGUACAUCACUAGUAUUUAUUUUACUAAUUCAGGAGAGCAUGUAUGAAAUAUGACAAAGUCUGGCUGUUUUGUGAGGUUGAGUUCACACCAAAGAACCUGAAAGCAAAAUGGGAAAUAAUGAUUUGUUGGCUGCAGUUCUCACUGCUUCCAUGGGACUUUGAGGAGAAAUCUAAAGACUUCCAUUAAAAAAUUGUAAAAAAUACAGGAUGUCACUUCUGAAUGCAAUGCUGUUUUUGUCCUUCUGUACAUUAGUUGGAGAUAUGGCUCCAACCUAGGAAAAAUUAUUGAAGAAAAGCUGUUUGCUGAUGGUGAGGAGCCAUUGAUUAUAAUAUGCUAUGCUAAUGCUACAACGCUUGCAUGAUAAGUUAAUAUAUGGUUAUUAACUCUUUACAGGUGUGGGGUCCAGUUCUGCAAACACUGUGUGAUAUAACACUACAAUACUGCUUAAGUGAGACCUUCUGUCCUGUACCUUCUUCUAGUGCUUGCAGACUGGGCCUCCUUUUUAUGUAGAAUGUUCUGAGUUAAUAAGAGUAGGCUCUUACGUUGCAAAGCUUCCAGGCUAUUAUAACACUUUCAGUAUGUGUCAGAUAUUUUGGUUAAGUGAAUGACAACUGAGUUUUGUGGGUAUGCUAGAGUAGUGAUUUGCAAGAUGCUGCAGUCUCUGUUCAACUGUUUAAAAAUCAAAAUACUUGCACUAGCUGUAUUUAAAAAAAAAAAAAAAAACUUGUGCAAUAACACGAGCAUCUUAUAAGCUUAUAUAUCUCGAAAGGUGCUAUCUUGAUCACUUGCACUGUUGACCAUGUGUUUGGUAAAAGCACAUCAAAAAAACUCAUCCUAUGUAGUUUACUUGGUUGGCACAUACAAGUUGAAACCACUUUAUUGACAGCCUAUGUACUAAAUAAAUGCAAUACUUUAGACAACUUAUAUGGCCACACACAUCUUUAAAAGUCAAAAACCUAUGUCCAUAUAUGGUGCUAAUAAUCUCUUAUUUAUCCAGAGCUGGUAUUCUUUUCUCACCCUUUAACACUGAGUGGAGUUUUUUGUGACACCUUUUCAAUAAAGCAAAAUUUCUCUACAAUUGUUUCAAAUGCUUUUUAUAUAAAUACAUCCCUUUAAAUUUUCUGUUCUACAUUAAAAACUGCAAAAUAUUAUUAUAGUAAGUAUUAAUUUUUAAUGCAGGAAAAAAUUAGGAGUGUAUAUGAGUUUUAACUUAAAUUAGACCUCCAAGAUUUAACUUUCAUAUAUGCUUAGGAAGGACAGCUAAUCUUUUGAAAUUUGGUCUAAAAUAUAAGAAUGGUGUUGGGUAGAAUAAAGGCAUAAGAUAAUAGUUGAUUAGGACAGUGGUAGUGGCUGGGGUGGGGGAAAUAAUUCUCUGGCUUCAUCACUGAAGCUAGAGACAGGAGGAGGAUGUGAAGUGGACAAAGUCAUGAUAGAGAACACUUAUCCAAUGUAGUUCCAUUUUUGCUGAGAAUCUUGAAAAACAGACUUGUGAAGGAAGAUAAUCAAGUAACCCCAUCUAAAAAGCAGAAGUGAAACUUGACAUAAACAGCAAGGCAAAUCAUAGUGGGACAUGGGCUCAUUAAAAAAUGUCUUGGUAGUUAUGGUAAGGUUUUUUAUUCUAAAUUUCCUCUUAUUUUUUUAGCUAAGCUGAACAGAUUCCUUAUUUGAGAUCUAAUUGUGAAUGUUCUUUCCAGAACUGGAUCUUCUUUCACAAGUUUAUGACCUAGUACCUUAAACUAAGAUUGUUUAGAUUAUAGAACAGAAAAGUUGCUAAUUUUCUGUUUUAAAGCUUCACAAGCACCCUCUGGAAGAAAAACUGUUUUGUGUGUGUUCUGUUGCAGAGAACUUUUUGGUUCAUUGUUUUGUUAUGCUGCAUGUAAUGAAGGGCAUUGCACUUCCUAGUCUUUUAAAAAGAGGAAUCUUCACAAUCAUGUUAAAAUAGGGCUGUUCCCAAGGCAGCAGUAUUAGCGGUAGUAAGUACGUCUUCUCUUCAGGAGGAUGCAAAGCCUUUAGUUGCUGUUAAAUGUCCCUUACUUUUCAACUUACAGUUGUAAAAAUAUCUGCCUGUAAUAUCUGGAAAUCCUGCCAUAGUGAACUUUGAAGUAAAUAUGAUGUUCCUAUUUGGUUCAAGGGAAUCUUUCCACUUCAGGACACUUGAAUAUGCAGACUGGUUGACAUGUACACAUACAUAUUGGCUAGCAGGCUCUAUGUACAAGAACACCACUGGGAACUUGCUGCAUAUUUGCUCUGUUUGAAAGUAGUCACACCAUGUAAACCAGUAAACUACCAUUUUUCAAAUACUGGAAUAACUUCUCUUGAAUCAUUUGCAUUUAGUAUUUUAAGAAAUAAACAGGCUCCUUUAAGAUCUCUUUUAUGGAACUUCUGUUUGUGUGCAAAGAAUAUUCCAGGUUUAGAAUCACUUUGUUUAAAACAAACUCUUUAUCUAGAAAGCAGAGCUGGCUGGGUUUUUGUUGAGCAAAGAUGGGUAAUCUAGUAACAGUAAUCUGAAUCAUGUGCCUAACUAGUUCUUCUAGAACUUAAGAGGAGGGAAUUUGGAAGAGCCAAAGAUAGAAAAAGUCAUCUGUAGCAGUCAAGCCACAGCAAAAUGUAACUUCUGUGUAUUUUAAUUAAUGCAUCCUUCAGGGAAAACUGGUCAUCUUUUUUCAUUUACCAAAAAGUGCAAUAUUAACAAAUAAAUGGCUGCAUGUAUAAAUGCCCUGCAAAAAGAAGUGUUUGUGAGCAUGUAAUGUGCUUUGACUAAUGGACCACUGAGUGCAAAUUUUUAAUGCAUCUGUUAUGAGUUACAGAUGUGUGUUUGUAAGUGUGCUAGUCUUAUUCAGAGAACUUUCAAGUAUUUUGAAUGUACUUGUGACAGUAUAUUUUUGUGAAUAAAGUGCCUAUGGAAACACAAAUCCAAAAGUUGCCUACAAACUGAAAUAAAGCAUACAGAAACACAGCCCAUACUUGAAGAGGAUGGGAGGAAACUCAAUUAUAUAUAAUAACUGGCCAGCAGUGUAAGUGCUGAUAAGAUUCAAAGGCUCAGAUAAAGUUUGAGUACAGAAUAUUGUUUUUGAGUUUACUUUGUUAAUUUAAAAAUUUCAUGUUUUGGCUUGGGCCCUAAUUUUGUACCUUGGUUAUCUUCAAAAAAAAAAAGUUCAUUUAAACUUUUUUAAAGCCCUGUAAUGGUAGACUUUUUUCUGGUGGUGUUUUUUGCUUGCUUCUUUCUUUCAUGGAUUUCUUUCUGUUCAGAAUGGAAUCAGCAAAUUCUUUGAUUACUCAAAAUGUAGGGCAAAACAGUUUAAGGAAUGGACUUCAAGUGCUUAAGUUAAUAGAAGGUCAUUUUUGUUACACAGAUACUAGAACUGGGGAGGAAUCAUUUCUGAGGAAAGCGUUACAGUACUAAAGCUUGUAUAUGUAGUUAUUAGGGGCAUAUAGAAUAUUAUAAACUUAUUCAGGUUAUUUUACUGCUACUUUUUAUGCUUUAAAAUGAGGCUUUUUGGUUUUAAUAUUAAUUGAAAAAAAACUUGACUUUAAUGUGACAAUUUCUGUUAAGUAGAAACAUCCAUUUAAUCGCACUUCAGAGCAAAGUUUAAAUUUGAUUAGCACAGUCACCUGAAAUUAUGAAAAACAAAGGUCUCAUUUUGAUAAAAAUUAAUGUGAAAAUUUAUCUUUGCACAACCUAGAUUUAGCCAUAUGCCACUGAAACCAAUCUUUCAACUGCAUAUGGAGGGAAGGAGAGAACUUCAUCUUGUUACUUCUCAAAUUAGGUGAAGACUAGAUUAAAGAAAAUAGGUAAGAACUGUAAUGUUUUUCCAGCUGGAAAAAAGAAUAGCCUGGCUUAUUUUCAGACCUCAGAAUUCAAAACUCUCCUUAAGAUUCAUAUUUAAAAUGUCUUUAGUUAAAUUUUCACCUGUUGGCUCUUGCUGUAUUUGUCUAAUAGUUGUUCCAAGUUAUUUAGAUGCAUAUUUUUUGUGAUCAUUAUGGUUAAGCCACUGAAUUUCAGCCAAAUGCUGACAAAAAAGCUGCAUUCUGUUCUGCUUCAAGGUGAUUUACAUUCGUGAACUUAUUUUUUCUACUUUGCUUCAUCUGUACCUAGUAAAAUAAUUCUCCUGCUGUUUAUGCUAAAGAGAUUGCCUCCAGUUGUCUUAAUUGGAGGAAAAACUGACCUUGACAGUUUGAAGCUGUAUGUCUAAAAUUCCUGUAACUUCUGUAUAAUUGCAAUAAAACCUUUUUAUAUAGUUCAGCCACUAUUUUAGGGCUACUUGUCAUUAUAUACUUACUGUUGAACUAUUAAAAACAAACCUUUUAUUGGGUAA